AUGACAAAGAGAAAGAUCGAAAUCAAGAAACGAGAGAGAAAAGAACAAAGAUCCGUGGCUUGUUCGAAACGCCGCAAAACAGUUUUCUCGAAAGCCUUAGAUCUCUGCCGUUUCUCCGGAGCGAACAUUGGGAUCCUCGUGACCUCUCCCGUCGAGGAUUCAGAUGCUAUUUGCUCCUUCUCCGGUUUCUCCUCCUCUGCCUUCGAUAUCGCUGAUUGCUACUUGAGCGACAAGAUUCCCCCCAAGCUAGGGUUUUGGAGGAGGCAAGACCACAAUCUCUCCGAGAUCGGUGUCUUCGAGGACCGUCUUGAGAAUAUUAAGAAAGAUUUGAUGUCUCGUCUUGAGAAGAAUGAAAAGCCACGACCUGUCUCUGGUUUCGAUCGAAACCCUAGCGAUUCUUCUCUCGACGGGUCUUCUUCUUCUUCUUUCUCGCAGAUUGUUUCUAAUUUCGAUCAAAACCCUAGCGAUUCUUCACGAUUUGUGUCUGAUUUUGCCCAGGCUUCUUCUUCUUCUCUCUGCGACUUCUCUAAUUCAAAGUUUGCUUCUUUUGGUCAGGACCCUAAUGACUCAUCUUCUCUCCACGAUAUCUAUGGCGGAUCAUCUUCAUCACAGAUUGAUCAAAUCCCUAGUUCAUCCUCCGAUAAAGGCGAUGAUGAUAAUAGCUUUUGGGCAGAUGUCCUCAACGGCGACCUAUGGGAAGCGGAGGAUGAGAAGAACAACUCAACGAGUCUAGCGCCAGAAACACGAACAGAGCCUGUGGCCAAUCUCGAUGAGUAUGACGAUGAGAAGAGCUUUUGGGAAAAUCUCAUCAAAGAUGAUGUCUUGGGUCUUAACAACACCACUCUGGUGAACGAGGAAGACGAUUGCAUGAUCGACAUUAGCCAAUUUCUCAACGAAGAAGAGAUCGAGUUGCUCCAAUCUGGUCAGUUCAUAGCUUGA